AUGAAGAACAACUUCAACAAGAACAACGGGCGCCGGGGCAGUGCCACGCAUCCCAACGACGAGGGCAACAACAACCAGCAAGCCAUUCAGAAUGUCAACACAGCUCCUCAAACGAACGAAGCCGGUCCGUCAACGUCAAGACGUGAUCGUCGUCCUACUCUCGAUCUGACACAGGCCCGGCAACUUUCGAACCUCUCAACACCGACCGAAGGCCCCAACUCAAGCAGUCCCCGCGGUUCCAAGCGCAAGAGCCCUCAAGAUGAGGAGCACGAAUCCGAAUCGCCCAAGAAGGCAAAGAAGGGGCAUGAAGUGAGCACAACAAGCACUGUCAAGGGGAAGGGCACAUGGAAUGGUAAAGGCAAGGUCAAGGAGACAAUGAGUCCUACUCGGACGCAGCCGUCUCGCGGUGCCAAGAGACCGGCUACUCCAAAGUCAGGGCUGUCACCACCGCGAACGCAACCAAAGCGGAGUGCGAAGAGACCCGCCAGUCCCAAGGGCUCUGCAGCUCACACCAAGGGCGGAGCGUGGCACAAGGGCGGCAACCAACCUGAGAGCAGUGCAACGGCCGCAAAGCGCGCUAAGCCAAGACAUACGAAGCAGCAGCAAGACGGUCGCCAACAGGGCCAAACGCAACAAGACGGCACUCAGCAGGACGGCACCCAACAAGACGGCACCCAACAGGACGGCACUCAGCAAGACGGCACCCAACAAGACGGCAACAACCAGCCAAACGCCCCAGCACCAUACAUGAACUUCACCGGCCCCCCAGCACCAACCGUCCCAGCCCCAGCUCCCGUCUUUCCAGCCCCAAAGCCCCCUCCACCAGGCACCAACGCCCAAUGCGCACACAACGAGCGCUGCGCCGUCCACCCCCCUUUCCAGUACUUCUGCGCGGUGUGCGAGGACGGCGUCUGCGAGACGCAUAAGAGGUUCUGCGGGGGGAAGCCGGCUGGGAGUCGAAGGAAUCGGAAUUGGAGGGGUUAG